GCCCGGAACGCCUGGUAAGAAUUAGUUCUGUUUGAUUGUUGACAUGUAGGUGAUCAGACCAUUCCAUCGAAUAGCUUGCAGGUGUGUAGUAUUUGUCUCCAACAUGGUCCUUAAGAGAAUAAUCAAGCCCUGGAUAUACAGUGAUGACACUGUAGCUGAGAUCACGGAGGAGAAAACACCACCUCGACGGCUUGUAUCGUGGCAUUUUUGUCCAUCAUGGCUCCAGUUUAACAAAUUUGUUUUGAGCGGUUAUCGUUGUAAUUUUACUAUGUCUGAAUGCCUGGAUAGUCUCACCUAUCUACACAAUGAAUCUGUUAACAUUUAUUCUCAUGGUAUUCCAUUUAUUUUAUUUGUGGUUAUGAUUCCUCUAACAGCCUCAGAAGCAUGCCUGCAGAAUCCAUUUUGGUUCUCAUUCCACUAUUUCUCAUGUUUCAUCCCCUUCUUCUCAAGUCUCAUAUAUCAUCUCUUUAUGUGCCAUCACCAUGGUCAAAAGACUUAUGACAGUCUGUUGAACUUCGACAUGUGUGGCAUUUGGGCAGUCAAUGCAUUUGGAGCUCUUUGUGGAAUCAGGGCUACCUUGUUUUGCUUUCCAAUCUGGAGAAAUCUUGCUGUGAUGACAUAUUUGAUUAUUUCUUGUGCUUCUCUAUCCUUCAUCCUGCGGGCUAAAACUCCAAAGGAAAGAUUUGCUCCCAUGGCAGUGUUUGGUGUCUUGAGGUACAUGUUUCUGUGUGUGCGUCUGGCUCUGAAGUUUUUGGGCUAUGGCUGUGGAAGCAAUGAAGCAUUAAAAUACUGUUUUUUAAUGGACAGCUUUGCAUGUGUUGGUGGGUUAAUCAAUAUUGCAAGAAUUCCUGAGAAGUGGUAUCCAGGCCAGUUUGAUUUGUUUGGCAACAGUCAUCAAAUAAUGCAUGUCAUGUCAGCGAUAAGUGUAUUAUUUCUGCACCUUGGAGUAACUCAUGAAUUUGAAUGGAUGAGUACGUACAAGUGUCCAACUUAAAGCCAUACAUGGAUUGCUAUUUUCUAAAAUUGUUUUCAAAGAAAAUUAGGAACACAUGUUAAAUAUAAAAGACUUUAUCAUAGAGUGCACAGACUUAACCAGCUGUGAAUUUAAUUAAUUAAUUUUAAUAAUGAUAAUUAGUAUAAAAUAGUUUAGGAUCAGUUAUGGAAUUUCCAGUUAGGAACUGGACAUUUAUAUUUCAUGGAUUGGAAUAGUUUGUGCACUCUAAUAGUGCAUUGAUUAAGAGCAAUCCCUUUUUUAAUGGGGAGGGGCAAUGGGAUUUGUAGGAGAGAAGGGUAUCAUUAAAACAAAUUCAGG